CUUCUCUCUAUCUCUCUCUCUUCGGAAGACGAAGAGCAAACUGAAAGUCCGAGAGAGAGAGAGAGAGAGAGAGAGAGGAAGAAGAAGAAGAAGAGAGAGAUGGCCAUCGACGAAGAAAGCGGCAAGGGAUACCCGGCGAGUUGGAGCUUGUCGGCAAAGCCCUGUGAUUCGUGCAAAUCGGCGUCGGCCCUACUGUUCUGCCGGGCAGACUCGGCGUUCCUCUGCUUCAACUGCGACGCCAAGGUUCAUGGCGCGAACAAGCUCGCCUCCCGGCACGAGCGGGUCUGGAUGUGCGAGGUCUGUGAGCAUGCCCCGGCCAGUGUCACCUGUAAGGCUGACGCCGCUGUCCUCUGCGUCACUUGCGACCGAGACAUCCACUCGGCAAACCCACUCGCCCGUCGGCACGAGCGAAUUCCAGUCGUUCCGUUCUACGAAUCGGCUGCCUCCGCCAUGAAAUCCAACGUAGCCAACCUCCUCGUUCCUGAUGGUCUCCUCAAGUCCUCGGACGAAGAUGACGAUCGUAACGACAAAGAGGAAGACAACGACACCUGCCGCGAGGAGGCCGAAGCUGCUUCUUGGUUACUUCCAAACCCAAACCCUCCCAAACUCAUGGAAACACCCGAUCUGAAGUCAGGCGACUAUUUCUUCUCCGACGUGGAUCCUUAUCUCGAUCUCGACUACGGGUCGUCCAUGGAGACGAGGUAUCACCACCAGAACAGCGCCAAUGCUGAUAGUGUAGUUCCUGUGCAUACGAAACCCCCUCCGCCACCACUGAUGAACACCUCCGAUCGCUGCUUCGACAUGGGUUUCUGCCGAUCCAAGCCUUCUUACGGUUACACCACUCCAACACUUAGCCAGAGCGUAUCUUCGUCGUCGUUGGACGUUGGAGUAGUGCCCGACGGGAACAGCAACGCGAUCUCGGAUAUAACGAAUCCGUUCGGACGGAAAGGCGGAGUGGAUGCGGGCGGGGGGAAUCACGGAGCUCCGCAGUUGUCGGGGAUGGACCGUGAAGCAAGGGUUUUGAGGUACAGAGAAAAGAGGAAGAACAGAAAAUUCGAGAAGACGAUUCGGUACGCCUCGAGGAAAGCCUACGCUGAGACGCGGCCUAGGAUCAAAGGUAGGUUUGCGAAACGGGUGGAGAUCGAUAGCGAAGUAGAUCGAAUCUACUCCUCCACCGCUGCUUUUAUCGCUGAUACUGGCUACGGUGUCGUCCCUUCGUUUUGAUCGAAGGGCCAUCAAUCAUGUCCUAAGAUUACUUGUUAGAAACAGUUUUGAUGCUGUUGUAGUUUGUAUUGGUAAUUAAUUAAUCAAAUUAAUUAUCCCGUAUAAUAUACUAUGUGAUUAUCAGAACGUUUCAUCGGUGGAAUACUAACCGUCGAUUUGCAGAAUAUAUUGCAUAUGUUUUGUUCC